AUGCUGAGUUUUUUCGACAAACUGCUGUACGACGAGACAUUUGCCGAUGUCACCCUCGUCCUGGAUAACAAUGUGAUGGUUAAGUGCCAUAAGAUCGUGUUAGCUGCGUGCUCGACCCACUUUCGGACUGUAUUCCUCAAUCAGCCACGCGAACAUCAGACAAUCAUGCUUAAACACAUCAAGUAUUCGGAACUGAAGCCGAUUCUGGAGUUUAUGUAUAGCGGCAAAAUAAACGUGGUGGAAGAUCAGAUGGGCGAUAUGUUAAAAGUUGCGGGCGCCGCAGCAUGCAAACACCCCCAUACCAGGCCAGAUACGACGACAUCGGAGAGUAGUCAUCCAGGAUUCCAGAGUCUCUAUGUGUGUCCGGAUUGUGUUUCAUCAUCGUCUGUUUCACUACCCUUUAUAGACAAUCCGUUUAUAGAUAGUUAUUAUUGCAUACCGAUAGCGAUAGUGCGACCAAUUCGUCAUUAA